UAGGCUACAAACGACCAAAAAUAUUCCUUUAAAAAACCCAUAAAAAAGAACUGAAAGUACCCAAAAAUAAAAUAGAAACCACUAUAAAAAAGGAGGAGAACCAAAGGAAUUUUCAAGCGCUUGGCAUUUUGUCAACCCGUAAAGGGUCCCCCCCCCCUCCGAAAAAAAAGAGUGGAAGAAAGAGGGAGAGAGAGCCGCACAAGUGGCUGCAACAAAAGGGCUACCUACCACCGAACGAACCUCGACCACGCGACCACGCGGCCCCUCUGGAAAACGAAAAACUCAGGCCGGAAAACGCUUGUUUCGACACGUGAGAGGAACAGCACGGCAGAGUGUGUGGCUGCAGCGGCAGCGGCAGCAGCAGCAGCAGGAGGAGGAGGUGCACACAGAGAGGCCAAACCGAGGCUAGUGACAAGAAACAACAACAAAACAAACAGCUCUAUGCCGGCACCAAGAUGAGACUCAGCCGAACAACAGCAACGACAGCCACAACGACGACAACGACGACAAGGACGCCCAUGCUGCUGCUGAUACUCCUGUGGGUGGUACAGGCAGCGGCACAAUGUCCCUGGCAGCGGGAUGUGCCCGACCUGCAGACCAGCUGCAUAUGUGCCUACAAUCUGGGCAGAGAACUGAGCGUGCAGUGUGACCAGGUGAACUUUGAGGACCUGCUGGAGGCCAUGAACACCUAUGCCCGACUGAAGCCCGUGGAUCUGUUGUACGUGAACAACUCCUCGAUAGCCGAGCUGCCGGAUGCGAUCUUCAGCAAUCUGAGCCUGCACAAUGUGCAGCUCUCCAGCUGCGGCAUCAAGCGGAUAGCGGAGGGUGCCUUCAAGGGCCAGGAGGCUGUGCUGCGGAAUCUCAACCUGCAGGACAAUCUGCUCGGGGAUGUGCCCGUGAAGGCGCUGCGGCUGCUGGGCAAGCUCAAUCUGCUGGAUCUGUCCAAGAAUCAGCUCACCCACAUACCAGACGAUGCCUUCAAUGGGCUGAGCAAGCUCUCGACCCUCAAGCUGAACGACAACAAUGUCACGCUCGCGGCAUCUGCCUUCCGCGGACUCGAACAGAGUCUGAAGAACCUCAACCUGAAGGGCACCAAGCAGCGGCGUGUGCCCGAAUGCAUUCGGGGCCUCAAGAGCCUGGCCUUCCUCGAUCUCUCGCAGAACGGCAUCAAGGAGCUGCCUGGAGCGGGCGGCAUACGUGUGUUCGAUGGCCUGGAUGCUCUGACCGCCUUGAAUCUGGAGCGUAAUCUCAUUCAGAGCAUUGGCGAGACGGCCUUUGCGGGUGUGCGCAAAACCCUCAGCUCCCUGAGUUUGCUCAACAAUCUGCUGGCCGAGUUCCCCAUCGGUGCGGUGCACUCGCUGAAGGAGCUGCGCGUCCUGGAUAUUGGCUUCAAUCUGCUGACCAGCCUGCCGGAGGCCGCCUUCCGUGGCAAUCCGGGCAUCACCCUGCUCGCCCUCGAUGGCAAUCCACUGAGCACCGUGCCCGAGGGCGCCUUUGCUCACCUCAAUGCCACGCUGCGUGGCCUCUCGCUGGGCGGACGAUUCCUGCACUGCGACUGCAAGCUGCGCUGGGUAGCCGAGUGGAUACGCAACGGGGACCUGCAGGUCACAUCACGUGAGCGCAAUCCACAGUUCUGUGGCACUCCACCGCGUUUCCGGGACCGUGGCUUCUACUCCAUACAGCCCGAAGAGCUGAGUUGUCCGGACAUUGCCGAUGCGGCGCUACGUGGUCCAGUUGGACUGGCCGAUAACCUCAAGCCAACAUUCCCCUCCGCCUCAUCGCCCGAUUCGGUGGAGUAUGAAACGGGGACGGGCACGGGCACGGGCACGGGCACAGGCACGGCUGCCUCUGCGCCAGUGGCCAGCAGUGUGAGCAGCUCCACCACAAACCCAACGACAACGACAAAGACAACAACAACCACAACAACAACCACAGAGGAGCCCACAACGAAAGGUUCCAGUACGACGCGUCUUCCGGCCAAGACAACUGCAAAUGUUUCAGCCACCACUGCCUUGCCGACGGCGGCCACAAACCUCUCCGCAAAUGGCACAGGAACCGUCCAGGCCACCACCAUCACCACAAGCAGCUCAUCCUCGUCCUCGUCCUCGUCCUCGUCGAGUGUCCAUGCAAACAGCAAACAGGCGCCGGGCUGGCGUCAGGGCGUGAACAACAAUGGGGGACCGCACAAGCCGCAGCGGCCACCGCUGGUGCUGGGCUAUCCGCCGCAGCGUGGCACACGGAUCGACGAUGCCAACGAGGUGCAGGUGAAGCACGCGUUCCGGCAGGACAGCUCCGUGAUCAUCCAGUGGGACUCGGACACCGCAAAUAUCCUCGGAUUCCGCGUGGUCUAUCGCCUGUUUGGGGAGAAGGCUUUCAAGCAGGGCCCCCCGCUGGAGGCCAGCGAGCGGGAGUUCAAGAUCAAGAAUGUGCCCGCCCAGGAGUGCAUCAUUGUGUGCGUCAUCUCGCUGGAGGAGCUGCAUGUGACCCCAGAGACGGUGCCGUACCAGCAGUGCCGCGAGGUGCGCACCGUGGCCUCGCAGGCCUCCAACAUGGACAAGAUAACGAUUGCGGCCAGUGCGGCCAUUUGCGGCACCAUUAUUGUGGCCGUGAUUGUGUUCAUUGCUGCCAGCAGACGCUCCCGCAAGCUGCAGAACAGCCAACAGAAGAGUCCACUGCCAAUUGGAGGUCUGCCUGUUAAUUGUUGCGGUCCAACCGGUUCACCGGGGCCACUUGGCUCCAUUGCAACGCUAUCGGCAUUUAACAAUCACAAGCAGGAAUGGGAUCAAGUGUCCGCUUACAGCGGACGUUCCAUACCGCGUCCCCGCAUCUAUCCCGUGGAGCAGCCCGAUGAUAUGCGCAGCCACUUUUCCGGCAUGCCUGGAAAAGUGGGCAAAUCGAGUCGUUCCAUCGCCGAUGGCCAGUCGCAGCACAGCUUCUCGAACAAUUCGCAUCGCGGCUAUUUGGGCAGCGCCUUCCCCUCGAAUCUGGUCAACUCGCGUCCAGAGCUGCGGCAGUCCCGCCAGUCCCUGGCCGCUGCCUCGGAGCGCAUGUCACGCGCCUCCUACGCCGGCUCCAUCCAUGGCGGUGGCAAUGGGGGCGGCGGUGGGCAGAUGGGCGGUCCCGGCGGCCUGCCCGUGACCAGCCUGAUGGCCAUGAGCGGCAUGGUGGGCGGCGGUGGACCCGCCAGCAUUGCCUCCAGCGCCAGACGCUCGCGGCCGCGCUCCAGAUCACGCGAUCAGCUGAAUGCCACGCACAUACAUAACCAUCGACCCGGAAGUCGAUACUCGCAGGCGGGCUCAACGCACACGCUGAACAAUUACUGCGAUACAUCGGAUAAUUGGACCGAUCACGAUAUGGACAUUUAUAUGGCGCGCAAUCCGACAACGCGCAACGGUUUAGUGCCAUUAUGAGGGCGGCUUACGUUAUCCUGAUAUUUCAAUGUUGUAUUAAAUUUGGAUGGCAUUUUCUGACAAUAUCUGACGCCGGCCAUCGAUGGGAAUGGCCGGCGUCAGCAACAGCAGCAGCGCAGAAAUGGUAGACAGCAGCAACAGCAACAUCAACAGCAGCAACAUUUGCAUCAGCAACAUUUACAGCAGCAGCAUUUGCAGCUGCAACAUCGACAUAGAAACAAUCAGCAAUUGGAGCAGCAGCAGCAGCAGCCAUAUCAACAACAACAACUACAACAACUGCAACAACAACAACAACAACAACGAUUACAUUACUAUAUGCCACAAACGGAGCGGUGCACCUCGCCACCCGAUGUGGUGCCUCGAGCAGCCAAUUUCCAUAACAGCAACAGCAAUGUGCCCAACAACAACAGCAACAGUCUGCAACAUGCGCCUUUGGCUGGGUUGACAGCCGCCAACUUAGAAGAUGCCACAGCGGCAGCAACAACAGCAACAUCUACGGCAGCAAGUGGCAUUGUUGUGGAGAAUUAUUUUAACGAAUAUGAACGUCAGGAAAUCAUUUAUCAUCAUCCCACAAGCAACAGGGGCAGCAACAGUGGCAGCAUCACGGCAGCCACAUGUCACAUACCCCGCAGCAAUGCCUUUCGUUUACAGUUACCCGCAAUGGCAACAUCUAACAAUAUUUUAUAUAAUAAUCAUGAAGCAGCAACAACAACUAGCAACAAUUAUAAGGCGCAUACAUUUAGUGAUAACUGUAAUUGUACAUGUAAUUGUAGUCUAAGCGAGGAGGAGGAGACUGCCACAGUUACAACAGCAACAACAACAACAACAACGCAGGAUGGGGCAGAGGCAGACAGAGAAGUGGAUGCCAGCACCUCGAUGUCAAGCAUUGAGCAAGUGCAACAGCACGAAGCAGCAGCUGGGCAGGAUGUGGCCUUGUCUCUGAACUUGACAUUGGCUGACACCGAACCCAAGCCCGACACAGAGGCUGAGACAGCGGCUGCUGAGGCUGAGGCUGCGGCUGAGGCAGCAUCACUGACAGACAGGGCCAAGCUUUAAGUGCAAUUCUGAUGCUGAUAUUCUUCCCCCUUUACAAUGUUGCUGCUGUUGUCGCAUGCGGCAUCUCGAGAUUUGCAUAAUGGAAACACAAAACCACACACACAGAGUUACAUAUAGGGGUAGAAAUAUAAACUAUAUACACAUACGAUAUUUUUAUAUGCUGUUUAGAGUGCAAUAAAUCAUUUCCGUAGUUCUUUUCUUUCUUUUGCAAUUGAAGUUGUUGAAAGGAGAAGCAAACAAGCAAACACACACCAGAUGUUAAGCAAUCAAAGAACUAAAAACUUAAGUCAAUAUAUGGUACUAAUUAUACUUAAUAGCUAUUAAAAUCUGUUUAACUAAUGUUAGGCUUAGGCUUAGCAAAUAAUUUUUCUUUAUGCUGGGAUAGACACCGCAUAGAAGUCGCUGAGAGAGCACAAAAACGCAAUAUAUAGGCAAUGUAUGUAAAUAAAUAACUAUCAGAUAAACAGCAAAAGGCUCCUACAAGGGGACAACUAUAAGAUACGAUCACUAUUAUAUUGAAUUGAAAAACGAGUAGAACCCAAAAACCGAAACACAAUUCUCUAGUCUAGAACUUUCAGCCCCUCAAACAAUUUCUUAUCACUUAUUUUAUUCUCUAUAUUUCAUUCUAUGUUUUGUCUAUCCCAGCCAUAAACAGAUUCUUCCUUUCACCCAAAACCAUUUUAAGCUGCCUUCAAAUAUUUUAGUUUAAAAAUCACUUUUAAGUUUUUCAACACUGGUUUCUUUGCGUUGUGUACAAAAAAAACUUCAAUUUGAAACAUAUUCUGAGUGCUAAGUUUCUUUAUAAUGUUUAUGAUUUUCAAGUACUUUUAAUAAAAAUAAAUAUUUUACAAUUAACUGCAUUACUUUUUUAUUUAUCCCCCCACCCCCCGAAACAUGUUUGUAAAUACACAAAAACCAAUGCCAACUAAUUUUAAGCGUUGUAAACGAUUUAAUUUCUUAGCAUUAUCGAUGUCGUACGAUAUCGAGGGACGAGCCCGGACAAACAGUUCGGGCCAGUCCGGACGCAGUUGACAGUUAACAAUAUUUAGUGCCCUUGGGCGGGAUCACCACGCGGAGAUCCAAUAGCAACGCCCAAGUCUGGCACUGAAUACUUAGUGAAGUAAGCAAAAAUAUCUAAACAACUAUACUAAAUAUUCUACUGGAUUUUAAGCAUAAGAAAAUUGGUUAUAGACAUGGCUUUGAGCAUUAGAUUUGUAAGCACAAUUUAGGUGGAAAACGGGAGCAAUUAUUUAGACAAAACAACCGAACAAAUAUUCCAAUAAACUUUAGGCAAUAAAUUCAAAGAAAAAACGUAUAAUUAUUAACUAAAUGUAACGAAAAAUGUUUCACUUGUAAAGCAAGCAAAAGUAAAAGUAGAGGAAACAAUAUCCAAAUCCCAGCAACAUAUUCUAAGAGACAAAAGUUAAAUCAAAUUUAGUGUUAAA